AACGCCCUGCAUCCUCUCUCCUCUCUCCUCUCUCCUCUCCUCUAACAUCCAUCCGCCGCCCGUGUGUCCCGGCUCUCCUCUGCUCCCCCAGCCACGGAGGAGCCGCUCUGAACGGGAAGGAAGACGAACCAAACCUCGCUGGAAGAAAUGGCCUUUUAACACUCGAGAGAAUAACCAAGAGGAGACAUGAAUCAUUUGGCUUUUUUCCUCCACCACCACCUCCUCCUCCUCCUUCUCGCUUCCCUGAGCUGCUUCCCCGCUUCUGCUGACAGGAGAUUUGGUUGUCUGUUUGAGAACGAGCUGUGCGCACCAUAUGAGAUCUGCGUCAACGAUGGCAUGUUUGGGAGGUGUCACCCUGUUCCAGUGAAGGAGGUUUACACCUAUGAUGUCUCCCCGUCUGUAGUGCAACACUUCAGGACACUGCUGGAGAAGCUCUCAAACAGAGGUUUGACCUGGGAAGACGACACCACUCAGCAGUUUCUGUCCAAGGAGUUAUCCAAACUGAGGAGGAUUCCCUACAGGCCCCAGCAGAAUGGAGCCGCCUACAAUACCAACAGCAGGCCAGUUGCUGAAGCGAUGGACCCAGUAGACCAGAGGUUGAAGCCUGUGGAGGUGGAGCUCAGCAGAAAUCUGCAGGCAUACCUCCAACGUCUCGGCCUCCUUCCCAAGACGUCGUCCGCCUCCAGUCUUAGCAUCCUGGGCAAGAGUGAUCGUUUCCAGCCAGGCAUCCCUGCAGACUUCUAUCGCUCCAAGGCUCAGAUUUCGGCUCAGAAGUCGUCUCCCUCCAGCUUUUCCUCCCUUUCAUCUUUCUUACCUCUGCAGAAGCAGAGACCUCCAGCCGACCAGCUCCUCGCCACUCAGGCUGAGGGUGACCUUCUCCUCGGCGCCCUGAGGCAGUAUCUCUCUGGGCAUCUGUCCCUCCACAGCGGGGGGAUGAGCCCCGAGGAGCAGGAGGCCCCCUCGCCCCGCCUGAGGCCCCUCUACAGCGACGGAAUAGAAAAUUCAGGUCUCAAAAAAGAGACCUCAAAAUCCAGGCUUCUGAAGUUGGGAAGAACUCAAGGGGAUUUGGUCAAGGACCCUCUGACGUCAGUGGACGAGAGGUUCAUCGAGAACGUUCUGAAGAAUGUUGGCAGGCAGCAUGUGGACGUAGAUGGCCUGACGCCGCAGGACUUGGGCCAAUUGUCCAGCCUGAUAGCUGAUGCUCUGCAGGUGGUCGACCAGAAGCAGGGAAUAAACCAGGGCCUGACCCGUGUUAGACCCGGACCAAGAGACCUGGAGGGAGAGCUGAGGGAGGAAGAAGAGGAGGAGGCUGUCAGGGAUGAGGAAGAGGAGAAGUUACUGGAGAAUGCUCCAACACUGAAACCACAGGAGAAUACUCCCAUUAUGCCGUCUGCACUUCAAGAGCGCCAAGCAGAUACAGAGGAGCAAAAUUUGAAGGACAAGCCAGAAAGUGGAGUCCUCUUCACCAAACUUCUCGCAUAUCUGGACAAGACUUCCCUCAACGCUUCUCCUUCAGCGAGAAAUCGUGACGAUGUUGCCAUGGAGACACCCAGAGGCCAACAUGUGGGGCUGGAAAAUGUCCAGAGCCGGACCAGUGAGGUGGGGGUGAGGGUGCAGAAGAAGGACGGCACCCAGUCAUUGGAGGAGGUGUCAGAGGUGCAGGGCUGGAUCAAGGAGGUGGCGCCCCCUCCCGCUUCGCUCGUCUACGAGGAGCCGCACAAGAAGACGAUGCACGUUCCCGAACUUCAGCUGGACGUCAAAGCUGGCAGGAAGAAGGCGGAUGAUGAUGUUUUUGGCUACGUCAUCACCGACACAGAUGGGCUCCAGACAGACGAAGGCCUCCACCUGAUGGAGAUUCUGGCUCGCAGGGCUAAAAUCCAGAUGACCGACUUCGCCGAGCUCUCGGUGGUGGGCCCCGCUGUGACCUUCAAAGUGAGCCCGAACACUCAGAACGUCAGCACCACAGAUGUGGCCAACGUGGCUGUUCAGCAGAAAGAGGCUUUGGAGAAAGAGGCCAAGGUCAAGAUCCUGGAGGCCGGGGUCACUGAUGGGAGCCAAAUCAACCAGAUUCCCACCAAGUACAGCCAGGCCGAGUCCACCAAGUUUCUCAUCCUCACCGUUGUGUCCAUCCUGUGCAUUGUUGGCGUGCUGCUGGCCUCCACCGUAGUCUACUGCCUCCGCCACCGCUCCCACCACAAGCUGAAAGAGAAGCUCACCAAUCUGGGAACAGAUGCUGGCAGCGAUGCUACCGCCACCUAUCAGGAGCUCUGUCGGCAGCGCAUGGCAGUCAAACCUCCUACUGAGCGUCCGGAGCCCAUCUCCUCCAGGAUCAACAGUGUGUCGUCUCAGUUCAGCGACGGCGGUCAAGCCGUCAGCCCCUCGGCACGGAGCAGCAUCUCCUCCUGGAGCGAAGAGCCCGCCCACUCUAACAUGGACAUCUCCACUGGUCACAUGAUACUGUCCUACAUGGAGGAUCACAUGAAGAACAAGGAUCGCCUGGAGAAGGAGUGGGAGGCGCUGUGUGCCUAUCAGGCAGAACCCAACGCCUGCACCAUCGGCAUGAAGGAUGGCAACGCCAAGAAGAACCGCUCCACUGCUGUUGUGGCCUAUGAUCACUCCAGAAUCACCUUGAAGGUGGAGAACAGCCAAGGCAACUCUGAUUACAUCAAUGCCAGCCCGAUCAUGGAUCACGAUCCCAGAAAUCCAGCCUACAUUGCCACUCAAGGCCCACUGCCCUCCACUGUGGCUGAUUUCUGGCAGAUGGUAUGGGAGAACGGCUGCGUGGUCAUCGUUAUGCUGACACCUCUUGUCGAGAGCGGGGUGAAGCAGUGCUACCACUACUGGCCCGAUGAGGGAUCCAACCUGUAUCACAUCUACGAGGUAAACCUGGUGUCUGAACACAUCUGGUGCGAUGACUUCCUGGUUCGUAGCUUUUACCUAAAGAACAUGCAGACCAAUGAGACAAGAACCGUCACUCAGUUCCACUUCCUUACCUGGCUCAACCAGACCGUCCCAGAGACCAGCCGGACACUCCUCGACUUCCGCAGAAAAGUUAACAAGUGCUACCGGGGACGCUCGUGUCCUAUCAUAGUCCACUGCAGUGACGGUGCGGGAAGAAGUGGAACGUACAUCCUGAUCGAUAUGGUCCUCAACAAGAUGGCUAAAGGUGCCAAGGAGAUUGAUAUUGCAGCCACUCUGGAGCACCUGCGAGACCAGAGGCCGGGAAUGGUUCAGACCAAGGAUCAAUUUGAGUUUGCAUUGACGGCAGUUGCGGAGGAGGUGAACGCCAUUCUGAAAGCUCUUCCACAGUAGAAAGGAGCACCUCCUUCUGACGGACCUCCUUCCUCUUCUUCUCCUCCUCUACUGUGUCAUCUCGUUGUUGGUCCUGAGUUUCAUCCAACCAUCUCCUGAGUUUGCUUCCCUGUCCUCAACUCUUUUCUGUCUUAUUCUUUCUUAUCGCAUUUUCUUUUUCCCUAACUUAUCAUCCCAGUUUUUCCAGUGGCCUCUUCGUCCUAUGGUCCAGUUGUUAUUCAUCUGGUCUUUUGUGUCCUCUCCUGUCUUCCCCUCCCUUGAUGUUGUCUUUUAGUGUCUUUCCUUGUCCUCAAUCCAGUCCUACCUUUACCCACCUUCUUUUUUUUUUACUUUCUCUUGCUUCCUCUUACAUCCCAUCCCAUUCAUUUUCCCUCCCUGCAUUCCCAUGUUCAUUCCAUCUCAAGGAAAAAUGCUGGUCUCUUCUCCUUUCUUCUCCCAGUAUUUCCAAAUCGUGUCCUUUCUACUCUUGUCUCCUGUCCUUUCACCUCCCCUCUUUCCAUCCUCCUUUCCAUUUUUCCCAUGUCCUCUUCUCCUUGCAUCUUAGUAAAUGUGCCAGAGAACCGUUGAACCAAUCCUGUACAUAGAUAGACCUUCCUUCUAUUGUAAUGAUCCAUGCAGCCUGUUUUCCAAAGUGACGUUUAAACACAUUUUCAUAGAUAAAAAAAUCUUUCUCUAUGUUCUGUUAAGAGUAUAUUUAUCAUAAUUUCAGUCUGAGUUUGUGUGUGAUGUUGAUCAUCAUGUCCGGAUCACAGAAAUCGUAUUUGUGUCUGAUUUUUAGAGCCAUGCUUUCUGAUAUGUUGUCAUGCAGUGCGCUAGAGUUUCACAAUUUAACUCAUCAACGAUUUCAUCUCCCAUUGAGGAUUUUUCUUCCUCAACAGUAAGUCAUGAAAAACUUAGGGUGUGUUUUUUUCAGCAUCUGUGGCAACUCCAUGAAACAUCUGCAAUUUUCCACUUAUUGUGAGAAAAGUAACAACGACGCUGGUGCUGGAUGUGAGGUGAAAUAACAUGGAUAUAUUUUUUCUCAAUGUGUAAUUCUCAUUAUCCUAGUAGAAGCAAUAUUGUGUUUCUUCUGAAUCGUUAUCUCUCGUGGACAACCAAUAUUGUGGCUUGUCAGUGAAGUUACACUCAUGUCUGCCUUAAUAAAAACACAGUAGAUGGACUCAUAAAUGUGUCCAGCCACGUGGAAACUAAAGGCUAGUGUGUAACGCUUCAUUUUAAAACGACCUUAUUCCAGCGGAUUAACCUGCGGAUUAAAGGUUUGCUGUUCUCAUACUCAAUGAAACUUGCUCUGAUAAACACUGAAGAGCACACAGUCUUUAAUAAUCUAGUCCAGGAUGUAAUUUAUGUCCAAAAAUUUUUGAAAGUUCAACAGCAGUAAUCUUAUGUACUUUUAACAAAAAAUUAUCAACAAAUUUGAACCCUGGAAUGAGCCCAUUAUAAAAUAAAGUGUUUCUGACUAGUACUUUUAUGAUAAAAGAGGAUAGUCUUGCUUCUGAAUAGCAGUUCUUCUAUGUAGCAUUAAUGGAUGAUUUGUACAUGUACAGUAGCUGAACCUGUAUUCCACUGAAAAUUUGUUUGCGGUGACACUUGUUGGCUGAUUUUCCCAAAAGCAUCUUGAGACCAACUGGUUUUUGUUCCGUGGCUGAUAACCAAGUGAUCUCUCUACCUGUCUCUCGCUUUUUGUUAACAUACAAUAUUUUACCUGCAGCUAGUCAUUCAUUUCCAUCAAGAAUAAAACUCUAUUAGCAGAUUAAUUGAUCCAUCCAAAGUCCCACCCCUGUAGUUUCUGUUGCUGGGUUGUACAACCUUGACAAAAAGAAACAUGUAAAUGCUUGAUCCAUUUAGCCAGAUGCUACUCUUAGAAUCCAACAGCAAGGACUACAGUUUGUGGUGGAAGGAUAUUCACAAGGUUAAAGUCUCGAAUUGAGGCUAAUUUUUACCAGUCUCUGUGAAAAAAGGAGAAACCACUGCGUUGCGUAGAGACAAGAAUAACAAGACUAUCAGUCAACACUGCACCGGACUGAUAGUCCUUCACUGUUGAGUAUAUGUCAGUGAAGUACUCUGUGUAGUCUUUCUAUAGCUGAAUACAGCCCAUGUCUUUCUUUGAUGUAGAAAGUAACUUUAGGGUUGCAUGUAGCCAUGCAGAUACAACAUAAAGAAAGGGACGUUAGCCUUGAUCUUCUCUGGCUAUUGAUUCGUCAUGCCAUCCUAAAAAUGUUACAGCAACCAACUUAUCUGUCCUUUUUUUAAAAUCUCUUCAACAUUACCACAGAAAUAAGGAGCCUGGCUGCCAUUAGAGAACCAACAUUAGGCUAACUCCUCUUGAUGUAGCUAUAUGUGAGCUAGCUAGUGGACUAGCGUUCUGCUAACAUUACCCAAUUUUAGAUGUAAUUAUAUACAAUUUUAAUGUGGCUGUGAAGAUUGUGUCAGUCCACAAGCCACAUAUUUUAACCAUAUUCAAAAUUGGAUUUGGGUAAGUUUAAGAGGAAAGAGCAAACUUGACGGAAGUUCGGCCAUUUUCCAAGCUUGCUCAACUGUUAUUGGAGCACAGAGCAAAAAGCGGCCGGACUUAGGAGGGGCUUAUUAUUGUAGAGCAGGCGUUUCAAAACAGUCUUCAAACAAAUAUUCUAUUAAAAGUUCAUGUAGAAGGUUUGAGGAGUCUGCUAGUUAAUUAUCAUAUUGUAUGGAAAUGAAUGGAAACUAAUUGCUGCCUAGGAGGCAGACAAUCUACAAUUAAAGUCUAAAAGUCUCCAAUAUUCAUAUAUUGUCAGUAGUAAUUAGAGGCUUGCUUGCUUUGUAUUUAAAGGGGAAAAAAAACGUCAGUAUGGUGCUUUAAGAUUGGGAUCACUCCUACAGUCUGUGUCCA